CCAUCCAUCCCCAUCCUUCGCCGCCCCUGGCAUUGGGCGUACCGUACCUGCAUGCAAAUUGCCUCUGAUCGCGGCAUCUGCACUCGCCCCAUCCCAUCCAUGAUGGAGCUGGUUCCCGUAGGCACGACGUGCCAUCCACCCAGCCAUCCUGUCAUGUCAUGUCAUCUUUCUCGCCCUUCGCUGCUCGCCACCAUGCGGUCGAGAUAUGAGGUGUAUAUGCAAGAACGAGUCGCGGUGGGUAGUGGCGGGCGGGUAGAUGCCGUAUCCACUGCCGCAGUGGCCGUUUGUCCCGAACAGAGAUGAUGUAGGAGUUGCUGUCAAUGUCGUAGUGGUACAGUACAGUAAAGCACAGCGUUCGAACCUGGCCAGCGCCAUUGAACCCGUCAGUCAGUCAGUCAGUAGUGGUCAACUGGUAGCAGUAGCAGUAGGUGGUCAAUGGUCCUACCACCACCCAGUGGUCGCUUCGCUUCGCCUCGCUUCCAGCUCCCCCCCCACUUAUCUGCUACUGCGACUGCUACUGCUACUGCAACCACCAACCCCAAUCGCCAUCUGGCCUUGUAGCCUAUCUCAACGUUUUGCUCGUUAUUCUCCGCUGUCUGUCUGUCGCCACCCGCCCGCCCCGCGAAGCGACGUCCCCCUUCUUGCUUGCGUGCCUUGCUUGUGCGUCAUCUCUCUCGGAAUAUUCCUUGUGGCUCGGUCCAUCUUGGACGCUUGCCUUGCCCCCACCGCAUAUAGCCUGGGUCCUGUUGCUAUAAGCUCUUGAAACGGCGUCUGCAUGAGCUGAUGGGACCAAUCUGAGGCCAACCAUGCCCAUGCGUUAGAGAACCACUGUCGCCUGCUUACACCUUUCAGGCGGGUGCUACGGCAAGGGCCUUUCCCAGUGCCGGCAUUUCGCUGGCGCCCAUCCGAAAUGCUCCU